AUGCCUGUGAAUUCUGUCAAGGGCAUCCGACCCUUCCGCAGCAAUGACAGAGAUAUUCCUCUUACCCACGAAUCAUCCUCUGAAGCUGAACGCGUACCUUUCUUGACGCAGGAACAGGCCUUUCUGAAAAGUCCUGACCUUGAAGAUGGGGAAUAUAGCGACCCAUCUGCCGCCAGUACCGACACCGCCAAAAUACCCACGGUCACCUGCUCUCCGGCCUCCGAACCGGCCUCUUCCUUUGACCAUCUUGCGCCUCGAUUUUCCUCCUCCAGAUGGCGAUGGCCAGACAUACUUUCCUUGAAUUUGUUUCCUGGUGGCCGUCGCAUUGUGGUGCAUAAAGACCACAUCGUCCGGCGGGGUCCGUUGAACACCUCCCAUCGACCCACUGCGUUGAAGAAAGUCCUGCGCUGGCUGGCAUUUUCGCUCAUGCUGCUAGGACUUCUCGAAUUCAUCGCUCUGCUAUGCGGUCUCCUUACUUCCUUCUUUCCCGAUGACGCCGACGACGAAUUCGAUGCCGUGAAAUCAUCAGGAAGACUUCCCCAAGAGCUCGGUCACUGGCCCACCGAUUUCUCCGCCGAUAUUCAUCCUGUCGCUUGCCAUUCUCACAAUGACUAUUGGCGCAAAGAACCACUGUUCUCCGCUCUCGACGCUGGCUGUACCGGUGUCGAGGCUGAUGUUUGGCUAUACGAUUCAGAACUAUACGUUGGACAUUCAAUCGCCAGCUUGACAUCCGAGAGAACUCUUCGCAGUCUUUACAUUAAUCCCCUGGUCAAGAUUCUAGAGCAGCAGAAUCCUCUGACGUCUUUUCACCCGACUCUGGAUGUUCCGCGAAAUGGUGUUUUUGACACCAAACCAGCCCAGUCCCUGGUCCUUUUAAUCGAUUUCAAAAAUGAGGGUCACGCAAUUUGGCCACAUGUCGUCAAGCAACUUGAUCCUCUCCGCCGAAAGAAUUUCCUGACCUAUUUCAAUGGCACUAGUGUCGUUGAAGGACCCAUCACCGUUGUGGUCACAGGAAAUGCUCCGUUCAAUGAAGUGGUGGCAAACCAAAACUAUCGAGAUAUCUUCUUCGACGCGCCCUUGGGUUUGAUGGAGAAGCUAUCCGACACAACUGCGACCGAAAGUGCCCGUCUUGACGGUGGUGAUGACGCCCAUUACAGCAGCUCAAGGAGGAAAAGGAGUGAAAAUCAAGGCCAGGGUCUUUCGGGAGCGGCUCCAACCAAUCCGGCCAUCUACUCCCCCGCCAAUUCCUAUUACGCAUCUGUCUCUUUCAGCAGCGCUGUUGGUUGGCCCUGGCGUGGUCGUCUCUCGCGCGGGCAAAUUGAAAGAAUUCGCAAACAAGUCGCCGGAGCCCACGCUCGCGGCCUCAAGGUCAGAUACUGGAGCAUACCAAGUUGGCCUCGGGGGAUGAGGAAUUAUCUCUGGCGGACACUAGCCAAGGAAGGGGUGGAUUAUUUGAAUGUGGAUGAUUUACAGUCUGCCACCAAAGGAGAUUGGAAUUGGGAUAAGAAAUCCUCCUGGUUCAGUGGACCCUGGAGGUUUUGGUCGUCCUCAAAAUGA